GCGGUGGCAUGUAACGUCAGUGGUAUAUAACCCUUUCUCUGUAUGCUGUAGAAUUUAGUUUAAGUACUACUGCUCAAAACGGAGUGUCUUAUUACUUUCACAGACACCACCGUCAAACAUGAAUAAAGAAGAAGAAAUGAAAGAGGUUGAGCUGAACGAGAUGGAUCAGGAAAAACAGCCGAUGACCGCAGAGACUCCGACAGGAACGGAAAAAAACGGCUGCGUGAAGGUGAAAGUGCCGGAGGACACCGAAGUGAAAUUUACGGGUCUCUCCAAAGAAGAGUUAAUGAAAGUCGCCGGUACUCCAGGGUGGGUUCGGACUCGGUGGGUCUUGCUGGCUUUGUUCUGGCUUGGCUGGGUUGGCAUGUUAGCUGGGGCAAUAGUAAUCAUAGUACAGGCUCCAAGGUGUAAACCCAUUCCUGAGAUGAACUGGUGGAAUGAAGGUCCUCUCUAUCAGAUAUCCAAUGUGAAUGAGUUCUCUGACCAUGGACUGAAAGGGGUUGAUGAGAAGUUGGAUUAUCUGAACCAAAUGAAGGUGAAGGGUAUCAUUCUGGGUCCGAUACACACAGUACAAGCUGACCAGACAAGCACACUGGAACUGACUUCCAUUAAUCCUGAAUUCGGGACUGAGAGUGAUCUGCAAACUCUUCUGGACCGAGCGCACAGAAAGGGGAUGUCCAUAGUGCUCAAUCUAACACCCAAUUAUGGAAAUGUAGGAAUUUCAGCCUGGUUCAAUAAGGCCGCCUCUGUUACUGAACAACUCAAAGAGGCAUGUAUAUACUGGCUUGAUAAGGGAGUGGAUGGCAUCUUCUUAUCUGACCUAAACCACAUUGCAAAAACAGAAGCUUGGACAUCAAUUCAAGCCAUAUUCAACAAGACCGAUGAGACCAAAAAAAAAGCUCUGAUGGGCUCAGUCACUGAUCUCUAUGUGGACGAAGUCUCGCUCCUACUGAAUCGCACUAGUGUUGAUCUGCUCCUGACUGGAUUGCCUGAUCCAGGGGAACCCGGGAUAAUGCAGGCCAAUGUUAUACAGAAACUCUAUGCCAGCCACCCACAGACCAGCCUGGGCUGGAGUCUGAGUGGACAGAUCCUAGGUUCUCUGGCUUCCAGAAGUCCAUCAGUGCCUGUAAGACUCUAUCACACCCUGCUGUUCACCCUACCGGGCACACCUGUGUUUAGCGCUGGUGAUGAGGUUGGACUCAAAAAGGAGGAGAAACUUCAAGCAAUGUGGGAUUUGGAAAGUCAAGCAGAUGGGGCCAAUGCUACAGCAAAGGGGGACCAUAUUGCAGUGCAUUUUUUCUUUAAAGCGCUCAGUGAUCUAAAAGCAAAAGAGCGAGCUCUUCUCCAUGGAGAAUAUGUUAGCCUUAACAGUUCAGCCACUUCAUUAGCAUAUCUCCGCCUAUGGGAUCAAAGUGAGCGCUUUCUCGUGGCCAUGAACUGGGGAAGUGACUCUGUUUAUAUGACACUGGUCAAUGAAGAUCUACCAGCUGAGGGUCGAGUUCGUGCCACCACAAAUGCAGAAAGUUUGCCUCUGGAUAGUAUGGUGUCAGUAAAGAAGUUACAGCUUGGGCCAAAGCAGGCUGUUCUGUUGUCCUACCCUUAUGCUGGCUAGAUAUAUACACACAGAUAACUGUCUUAACACUGUUUUAUCUGGAGUGUAAGAUUCUGAGUUGAAUUUUUGUCAAUUUUAACUGUGUUCUCCAACAGGAAUGCGUUUUAGAGAUUAAGAAAUAUUAAUAAAAAUAUCGCAGGGUUAGUUUGGACAAUUACAAGAAAAAAAAAAGGGUUUUCAUACAGAGACCUGUAUCGCGUAUCACUUUUUGACAUAGUAAAUAAAGCAGCUAUUGAAAUAGAA